AGGUAAUAAACGAUUUUCUCUGUCUGCUCUUCUCUUUGUUUCAGUGCUGCCGAGUCAUACAUGUGGCACCCCUGGUCUCAUUCCAAAUGGAGUCAUUCAUGGCUCGCGGUACAACAUGGGGGAUAAAAUCCGAUACAGCUGUGAGUCAGGGUUUGUAUUGGAAGGACACAGUAUCCUCACAUGCAUCGUAUCGCCUGGAAGUGGAGCACAAUGGGACUUCCCAUCGCCUUUUUGCAGAGCCGAGGGAGCGUGUGGCGGUACGUUACGAGGCACCGCGGGUUCAAUAACCAGCCCUGGAUACCCAGCAGAGUACGACAACAACCUGGACUGUACGUGGUCAAUCCUUGCUGAGCCCGGGGACACCAUAGCUCUCGUCUUCAAUGACUUCUUAUUAGAGGACAAAUAUGAUUUCCUGGAAAUCAGCGGGACAGAAGCACCAAGCAUAUGGUAA